UUUUUCUUUUUUCCGCUUUCAUUCGAGAUCCUUUCUCUGAAAUUCUCUCCCUAGCACACUUCCUCUCCUGUUCCUUCUCGUUUGAUAAACUUCAAAAGUUCAUCCCCUCACUCUUCAAUCCUUUCCCUGGAAUUCUUGAACGAUUGAAAACCCUAGAACUCCUUAACUUUCGUUCAAAACCCCCUCUCAAAACCUAAUCCCCUUUCUGUCGAUCUGCCUGUUUCUCGUUCGAUCUACCCUCCCACCUUUCUCGAUCGCUGAAUCUUUCUUCACUAGACCUCCCAAUUGGAACACCCACUACUCCCUAAAGUUUUCUGUAAAAAUGGUGUUCGGCCUAUACCCGAAAGGUAUUUGGAGGCACGGGUUGGGUCUCGGGGUUUUCUUUCAAACUUGUCCAAAAGAUAAGUCCUCUUUUCCUUUUUGAUUCUUAUUUUUGUUUUAAAAUAUGAUGUACAUGUGUAUGAUUUGUGAAUUUUGUUGGUUUGUGGGUUGGGUAAUCCAAGGUUUCUGUUUGGCAGAGGCAAGGUCGAAGACGAGUGAACUCGUCUCAAACCAGCGCGUGAAUCAGGGGUUGACUCGCGUGAGUCAACUCAGCGAGUAUGUGUGUUGAUUCGGAUGAACUCGGGUUUACCAGCGAAGACCACAAGGAUAGGGAAAUCUACUCGCCCAUACAAAGCUUGGGGAUUUCCCUAUGGAAUUACAAAUCCUGGUAAACCGACUGGUCGUUUCUCUGAUGGAAACGUCUUAACUGAUUACGUUGGCAAAUUUUUAGAAUUGGAAUGUGAAAUAUCAACAUAUAGAGGGAGGGAAGAAGGGAAUAGAACGUGUGGAAUGAACUUUGCUUAUGGAGGGACAGGUGUAUUCGAUACAAUUUUCUUGGGGCCAAACAUGACCACCCAGAUUGAUUUUCUUCAACAACUCAUUAACAUUUCCUUCUUCACCCCUUCCGACCUUCACUCCUCGGUCGCCCUUGUCACCCUCGGCGGCAACGACUAUACUACCUUCUUGGCUAGAAAUGGCUCUUAUUCGGAUUUGCCAGCCUUCAUACCACAAGUGGUAAAUCAACUUGUGAAGAACUUGGAACGCAUUUACAGUAUGGGUUUGAGCAGAGUGGCAGUGACGGGUCUCGGGUGCUUCCCUCGGAACACCCAGAGCCCCUCAUUCCAAUCUUGCGACGCCGCCAAGAACGCCGUUGCAGAGAACCCCCACAACUCGUUGCUGAAGGAGGCCGUCACCAGGAUCAACGCUCUUCAUCCCACCGACUCCGUUUUCGUCGUCCUCGACCUCUACGCCUCCUUCAUGUCCGUCAUCGAGAACGGAGGAUCAGGCGCAGUGAAAUUCGAGAACCCACUGCAGCCCUGUUGCGUGGGAAUAAGCGCAGGGUACUUAUGCGGGAGCGUAAACGAGAGCGGAGCAAAGAUGUAUACGCUCUGCGACAACCCGAGUUCUAAGUUCUUUUGGGACAACGUUCACCCAACUCAGGCAGGGUGGAAUGCCGUGUACACUGCUUUGAAUGCCACUCUUCUGCAGCUUUACCAGAAGCUAAAAUUUUGAAAACGACGAAGAAGAAGAAAAUUGUUGUAUUGCUUUUUUUUUAUCUUUGCUGCUCUUGAUGCAUGUAGGUCUUUUCUGAGAAUUUUGUAUUUGAAUAAGAAAAAUCAUAGACAUUCCAGGAUGUGCGUCCCUCUUGCCUGGAGAGUUCAGAAACAUUCUUCCUUGGGAUGCCUUUAGACCUUAAAUUUAAAUGGAUUUGAAUGAAUUUUAAUAUUAUCCAA